CGUGCUCGAUUCAUUCUUAGUUUUCUUGUGGAWAGCGGAAUAAUAUUAUGGAURAUACMCYAGAUAUAACGUUCCAAAGACUUCGUCCAACAUGUGUAAAGCUUUCAAAACAGCCAAGUCGWGAAUGCAUUCAAGAACUACGCGAGUCUCUUGAACAUGUGGAAWCAGACCAUCUUGUCAAACUUACAGAAUACGUCUUCUUCCCGCUUCAACUCACACUUCAGAGAACUGGAUUGUCUAACGAACUGAAACAAGAUGCCGUUAUCUGUAUAGAAGCUGUGAUAYGCAAAGCAAAAGUACAUAAGUUGAAUGUUUUUACUGAUAUAUUUAACGCAUUGACAGUCUUACUCAGUGGCAAAGAGCCUGGCAAAGUGGCGGAAGUUUCAGAGGAACUAAAGCUGGCUAUACUUUCCUGUUUAGAUUGCCUGUUAGAUAGUUCGGGCCUUGUGAUUCGUAGCGUUUUGUACAGACCGAAAUUACUCCCAUCUCUGGGACAUGCUAUUUCUCUGUUUCUGGAUAUCAUACGACAUGAAAAAGCAAGAGAACUUAAARUAGCUGCUUUAAAGUGYUUAAAAAUCAUUUCCUUUUGUGAUAACAGUGGAAGAGAAAACACCAAGUUAGUGGAAAAUACAUUUCAGUGUAAUGAWCUUGAGGAGKAUGAAAGGAAUGMUAUGUACAGGRAUAUUCGCGACAGUGCAUCCAUUGCAAUGUCGUCAUUUCUACCAGGAAUCUCAUUGGCUUUAGYAAAUGUAKUUAACAGUGACCCAACRCAAGGYCAUGCAAUAGUUUCAUUAGCUAUAGAUAUUUGGGGUUCUAUAGUUGCCAUGGUGAUGAGUGACAGCUGUAUGCCAUUGAGUAGUGGUAAUAAUGUUGAUGAUGACAUCACUGCGACAAUUUCACUGCUAGCRAAGCUGCAGACUAACRCUAAUGAUGACACUCAAUCAGAACAUGAUAACGCUAGUAAUAAUGAUACUAAACAAGAUGUAUCAGCAAAGUCUAGAGAUUUGGUAGUUAACAGAACAGAUGAGUGGUUCAAAAGUACUGGAUUGAAAUUAAAAGUUUUGGUUGAAAGACUCACAUCUACAGUAUCUUGCCACUCAAAAUGGAAAGUACGUCUUUCAUUGGUGCAUUUCUGUGAGUCUGUUGUUGUGAAUUGUUCUGAGUCCAUGUCAUGCUGCAUCUCUAUGCUUGUUGAUGUUCUUGUUGGUGCUCUUGAGGAUGAAUACAGUCARGUGUCUCUCAAAAGUAAAGAAGUUUUGGAUACCUUAGGAAAACAACAAGAUAAAAAAGGAUCAAGGACGUCAUUCAAUGCAACACUGGAAGAAAAUCUUUAUUCCAAACUAACAACUCUUCCAAGAUUGAUGAGAACAGCAGAUGACAUCAAUAAACUGAGAGCAUUAAACCUUUUAAAUGGAUACAUGACUCUUUUGAAUGACAAAAUURGCAUUAUUCUUUCAUCUUCAUCACAGUUAAAAAGACUUUCCUUGGCCUUAACACAGAUUUUAGAGCUUGAUGUAUCAGAUGUUGGUAUUGUUGAAGAACGAACACCKGAGAAACAUGAAUCAGCUGUUAUCCCAUCAGACACACAAGGACAAAAUCCAAUGUCAGUGGAUACUGAUAACAUACAAGCCAGCCAAUACCCAAAAUAUCACUUCAAACAUUUCACUGGUGACAAGAUUCAAGAAGCUGUCAAUCACACCUGUCAACUACUAGGUUAUCAUGGUGAUUUGUCACUGUUAGUGGAUCACUUUCUGGAUUUGUUUCACGAGUCAAAUGUCCAUCGAAAACAAGYUGUGUAUGUCUUGAAUGAAAUCGUUGUGGGAUUUUCCAUUAAGUGUCAGGAUGCUAGCAGAAGUUCCGACUCAGAACUGAUGCCUGCUGUCAAAAUUUUACUACCUGCAUAUACCUCACAAACGUCUUGGAAUCUACAAACCUCAACCUCCCGGGGUUGUUCCUCAACUGGCAACAACAUGGUCAACUCCAAACCCAACAUAUCCUAUCAAAAGCUGAACAGCAAUGUUCUACUCACUUGCCUUUUAUUAGAAGGAAUUGGUAUCUUUGCUCRUUCACUUCAGCACAGUUUCAACCCUCUUCUUAUUGAUACAUUGUACCUAGUAUUGGCAAAGUUAGGGGAUGGUAAUGCAGCAAUCAGUCGGUCAGCUUAUGGUACUUUAGUAAUGAUAAGCAAGAACUGUGGCUUUUCAUCAGUGGAGGAUCUAAUCACAUCCAAUGCUGAUUACUUAGUUAACUCCAUUGCAUUAGAUCUGAAGUAUGUGUUUGUUAAUGAGCAGGCUCCGCGUGUUUUGAGAGUUAUGAUCCAGUAUAGCAACCAAGAUAUUCUCGCCAUUGUUGAGGAUACUAUUGAGGAUGUGUUUAGUGUGAUGGAUUUGUAUCCAGAUCARCUGAUCUAUGCAUUGAUGAAAGUUCUACAUGCCUUGGUGUACUCAAUGUAUCAGUGGUUUGUAGAUAAACAAAAGCCAGAUAAGGGAAAGCAAGGUGAACAGCAAUUCAAAGGAAAAGAGGAAUUUUCCCAAGAGAUAAGCAGCUUUAUUUUGAAUUAUAUAAAGAGUAAACGGAUUGCACUUGGCGAGGUAAAGUCUGAGGAUUUGAAUGAUGUGGAGAGUGAAGAAGUUGAUGAUGAAGACUUCUACAAACCAGAUGAGAAGCCAGAAAUCCCUUUGCAUGUCAAAUAUGCAACUCAGGUCCUUGAAAAGUGCAUCYAUUUCCUUUCAAGUAAUUCAUCUGUUGUGCGUAUCUUGGUUCUGGACACUGUAUACUAUGGUGUUCUUGCCCUUAAAGAACACGAAAACGACCUGCUUCCUAUGAUACACAGAUUGUGGCCACCRAUAGUCAAUAGAUUGGCUGAUAAAGACCAGGUUGUAAUCAUCAAAGCGAUUAAUGUCAUUGCUACAAUGGCAGAAUGCUCUGGUGACUUUAUGAAGAGACGUGUUCUCAAAGACGUUUUACCAAGACUUCUAAAUCUACUUGAAAARCAAGCRGAAGUGAGCCGAAAAGCUGGCACCAUUUAUUCACAAUCCCAGGCAUUCAAGCUUCAGCUGGCUGCACUUGAGGGCUUGGGAAGACUUUGCAAGCAGUUGGCGGUCAGAGAAGAGCAUCUUUACAAUGUGKCRUGCAAAAGUUGUGUGUAUUUAAGCAGCCGUCAACCAACUGGCCUUCAGGAGGCUGCUGUUGGUGCAUUUGAGAAAUUCAUCAUUGUAGAUCCUGAUUUAGUGUGGCUUGUUCUCAACAACCUACAAUGUCCAGUUGUACCCAAACCUCCCCAGAAUUUAUUUGUGGAGGUUAAAUUAGCAGGGACUGGGCCUGAUAGUAAAGAGUAUGCUAGCAAUGUGUCACUUUUGCUUGGUCAAAUCAAUAUGAAACUACACUAACUACAAUGACUCAUUAUGUAUCUGGAAUUAUUAUUUUAUAAUAAAAUAUUUUAGUGAGCAAUA